AGCGAGUCGACGCUGCUUGACCUGCCAGCGUCGACUCGCCCUGUUCGCAGAUCUCCUCUGCUGGCGCCAUGUGCCUGUCGCCGGCGCUGCAGAGCGGCGAGGACAUCGUCAGCCACCAGCUCGAGCUGCAGUCGAUCUUGCACGGUGUGCACCAGCGCUACGCCGGCCGCCAAGGGCGGGACAACAAGCACGACACGGCGCGGCUCCGCUACAUCAAAAACACCGCCUUCCCGGGCCUGCGCUUCGGCAAGAUGGUGCCGGAGCGAGACAUGGCGAUGCUCAGCCCUCUCCCACCGUCGCGGAUCGCCCGUCACCUCGCCUCUCCGCAGGGUCAUCUCUCGCGCCGUCUGCAUCUCUCUGCCGUAGGUGCUCCUGUCGACGCUGCCGCCGCUGCCACCGCUACUGUCACCGCUCGUUUGAUAAUCGACGCCACGCUUAGCGGCAGCGAGAUCCGAGGUUGAGUCAACUUGCCUGGUGCGCUCUUGCGCGUGCCUUCAAGAUCCACAAGUCAAUUUGUACCAGAAAUCCAAAGGUGGUGCAAAAUGGAUAUCUCAAGAUUGGCCUUUAUUUCGCGCACCUGCUCUCCGCCGCCGCCGCUUACCUGCUGGCACGCCACCGCCCCGCGUCGCUAACUCAAGCCUCCCUGCUGCAUCUUGCCACCCCUGCCACAUGACUCGACCGCCGUCGCUGCUACCGCCCUCCCCGCCGCCCUCGAAGGCGCCACCAGCAUUACGGCCGCCUUCAUAUCUCAUUGAUGCUGCCACCAACGCCACUUCCUCGAUUCUGUGCCGCUGCAGCGGCGAGGCGCCGUCGCCACGAUCGCCGCCAGCGCUGCUGAUAGCCUCGGAGCGUCGCCGUGGCCGCGUUCUGGUCUGCCCACGCUUCCCUAAAACGUCUAGGACGAGCUCAGAGGCUAAGGGCGCAUCAUGUGGGACCAUCUAGCUCUACUGGGUCCGCGACGGUGGUCGGCGCACCCCCGUCUCGAACGUGUGUGCUCUCUGUCUGUCUGUCUGUUGUUUCGGCUAAGUCGUUUUGUAACCUGGUUUGUGGAGCUCCC